AUGGACGGUGCAGAUGUUGCGAAACGAAACACGAGCAAAUGCUGCUGGGUGGUUCUCAAUGCCCAGGUGUACGACGUGACCUCGUAUCUCGAUCAACACCCGGGCGGGGCAGCUAUUCUGCUGGCUCAAGGCGGCCGAGUAUGGAUAUCAAUCCCAGCCGGCCAAUGCACGGGACGGCCAGCUAAUUGUCUAUGGGAUGCGACUAUAGAAUUCAGCCGCAUUCACUCUCCGGACGUCCUACAAUAUCUGCCGACUGGGAGCUUGCUCGGUCCGAUUGAUACAUCGACGAUAGGCGCACUCGCACCACCGACAAAUGAGGAAGCACUUCGUUCACUUCCAACUGGAGAGGGGCUGCACCAUCUCUCAAAAUGUGUGGUGACAGGCGAUUUUGAGGUUGCAGCCAAGAUGAUGCUACCAGCCAGGUCAUGGUCCUACGUUUCAUCAUCAAGUAACUCGGGCCUCUCCAUGGCGGCCAACUUGGAUUCAUGGUCGGCCGUGAGGUUUCGUCCUCGGGUGUUGCGUGAUGUCCAGACCGUCUCCACAGUGUCCUCCAUCCUCGGUCACCGGUGUCCAUUUCCAUUUUACGUCUCUCCCAUGGGGAUCCUUGGUCGCGCCCAUGCUAAUGCUGAAGUCGAACUCGUACGCGGCUUCCGACGCAGUGGGAUCCAUGGUGUAAUCAGUACUGUGUCAACCAAAACCACCGAAGAGAUUGCUUCUUCCUUGACAGAGGCGUUGGAGCGACAUGAUGACAGUAGAGACGUCUCGGCAGCGCCUCAGCUUCAUUUCCAGCUCUAUACCUCACCAGAUCGCGAGGCUGCCAUCAAGUUGAUCCAUCGAGUCAAGGUCGCGGGUUUCAGGUCACUCUGGGUUACUGUCGAUACUCCUGUUCUAGGAAAACGCACAAUAGAUCGACGACAGCUGGCCGAGGAGGCUUUAGCCAUGGGAUCAGACGAGCAGGCCAGGGCGGCUGGUCUAGGUAUCGUUACCCACGUACGGCAGAACCAGGUCAGCGCUUCGCUUGCAUGGACCGACCUGGAGUGGAUCAAGAAAGAAUGGGGUGGCCCAUUAGUAGUGAAGGGAAUUCAAUGCGCCGAGGACGCGAAACUGGCUAUGGACUAUGGAUGUCAAGGCAUAUUAUUGUCCAACCACGGCGGACGACAGUUGCAUUCAGCCCCUGACGCAUUGUCUACCCUCCUGGAGAUUCGCGCCUACUGCCCUGAGGUCCUCGGGAACCUCGAAGUUUUUGUGGAUGGCGGCUUGCGAGAUGGCGCUGAUGUACUGAAGGCCCUCUGCCUGGGUGCCAAGGGCGUGGGUGUUGGCCGGCCCUUUUUCUAUGCCUUGGCCGCUUAUGGAACAAGAGGUGUCGAGAGGUGCAUAGAAAUUCUUGCCGAGGAAUUGGCAACGGCAAUGAGACUCGUCGGUAUAACAUCCCUAGACCAGGUUCAUCCAGAUUUGGUCAAUGCUCGCCGCCUGGCAAACGAGAUAUGGAGACCCCUAGAUAGUCGAUUGUAG